GUCCAAAAAAAAUCAGUGUUGAAAAGUACCAAAUUAUCGAUUAUGAUGGACGACCAUGAGGAUGAUACAACUUUGUCUGAAAUAAAGCAUAAACUUAAGAAAAAAACUGCAGUUUCGCCACCCAAAGAACUUUUAGAGAAUGAGAUCAUUAAAAAGAAACUCUUCUCGCAAAAAGAGGAAAAAACAAUGAAGAAAUCGAUUGAGAAAGUUGCAGAAGAAGUCGAGGCUAAUGCUGGACAAGAAGUCAGGAAAAAAAUUGUGUUGGAAAGUACUAAAUUAUUAAAUAUGAUGAACGACCGUAAGGAUGAUACACCUUUGUCUGAAAUGAAGCAUAAACUUCAGAAAAAAAUUUCAGCACCGAAAGAAAAUCUUCUAGAGAAUGAGAUCAUUAAAGAGAAAUUUUCUUCACAAAGAAGGCAGAAAAAGAUGCAGGAAUCAAUUGAUAAAAUUGAAGUAGUUGCAGAAGAAGUCAAGACUAAUGAUGGACAAGAAACUGAGAAAAAAAUGGUGUUAGAUACCAAAUUAUCCCAUACGAUAACGGAAGAUGAGGAUAAUAUACCUUUGUUUGAAUUGAAGCGUAAACUUCAGACUAAAACUGCACGUUUAAAAUCACCUGAUUUAAACCAUCCCCAAAUGAAAAGCAAGGCUGAUGAAGCAAAUGUAAGGGAUCAAAAAAGAAUAGAAAAACAAAGUAAUGUUUUCAGCGAAGAUAUUAAUGUUUCUCAGAAAUGCGAGGAUAGGGAAGAAAAUAUCAUAGAAACGAUUGAAGAGGACUCCACAAGAACUUCACCCAACAAAAAGAGAAAAGAUGAAACAGCAUCUUUGAAUCGAACUGAUAAAAAUAUAAAACUGAAAACCUCAGAUAGCAAAACAGAAAACGAUAUUAAAACAUUCCAGAAGUGUGAAAAAAAUGAAUUGAAAAGAUCAAUAGAAAGAAACAAGGAAAAUGAGAAUAACGAAGUUAGAAUAAAAAUUCCAAAAAUGGUGCGAAGCAAUGCACAAGCGGAGGCCGAGAUCAAAAAAUCCGACCAAGUGUUCGAUGAAGUAGAAAGAUCGAUGUCUUUGUUAUUCGAUAUGGAAAAUAAUGAACCUAUUGAAAAACCUGUCAAUUUGCCUACCCAAAAAAUUCUACAGGACACUAAUAGAUUCGCAAAUAUAACUGCCAACACUACUAACUCCCUUACAGCAAGUAAUGCCGGAAUGCUUAAAAGGGGCAGAAAACUAUUCAGUCAUGAAAAUGAAGAGGAGAAUUUCCUGAAUUUCACACUCGUACAAGAGAAAAACGAAGAGGUUAAUCCGGUUAAAGAACCAAAGAAAAUUCGAAAGAAAAAAGAAAAAGAUUCGAGAAAUUCUCUGGAAAAGAGUAAAAAUAAGAAAAGUCCACGAAAAGCUACUAAAAACCAUUCAGAAAUUCGUCAUAAAAAAGAUUCAACCUGUAUAAAUCGUUCUAGACCUAAGAGGUUAGAUGCAUUCUAUGAUCGUGUUAUUGAAAAACUCAAAACGAAAAAUUCCUCUUCGAGAAUCUCACAUUCAGUUUAUCCGAAAGUGAGGAGAAGUGAAAAUGACAGAGACGGAAAAUAUAAUUUGGAUUUCUCCUUGCUCAAAGCCAGCUUUCAGAAAAAGCAAGAAACUGCUCAGUCUAAGUUGAAAUUUUCGUCUGGACAAAACGAAAAUAGAGAUUUUGUGAUCGAAGAACCCUGCCACAAAGAUAGCGACAGGGAGGAAAGAAACGUGAUAUGUGAAAAUCAGCAGGAAGAAACAGAUGAAAUUCUGAGAGAAAUUUUGAGAAAUCUAGGAUUGCUUUUCCGUAAAAUAGCUGAUGGUACAUUAAAAAAACCUUCACCUUCUAUACAGAAAAGUCUACUAGCUGCUGCUGCUGCACUGAUUGAUCUUUAACUUUUUUUUGGCAGUGUAAAAGACCUCUAAGGCUUAUUAUUUCGGUUUAUCAUUUUGAAUAUCGAUCACCUCGAAUCAGAAACUUUGUACUAUUUAGUGAAUUUGUCAAUAUAACUUGAUCAACUCGUUAUUUAUUCUAUUUAACUGAUUUCAUGUUUUUGUUUGGUUAAUAUGAAAUAAUUUAUUUUUGUUGAAUGUUGGAAAUCUAUUAGUGUUCUUGUUUUAUGUUUGGAUGAUUAAAAAUUAUGCAUACUGAUUUGAAUAAACCAUUUUAUAAUGCCUUUUCA